AUAGAUAAUGUCUUUUGAGUUGGGAGAGCUGAGUAUUCCUAAGGAUAAUCUCCUAAGAUCGUGCUAUUUUAUUGCUACUUGCGAACUAUUGCGUUCAUUGUAUUUCUCAUUUAGUUCAGUUUCAGUCAUGAUUAUGCACUCGAAUACGUAUACAAUAAUGGCUUUUUCAAGCACGGUAGCUUGGAUUUUGACUGUUGUCGGACUGUUUGUGGGUUUAUUAAAGGGACAACCAACACUGCUCGUAUUUUGGUUACUGUUUACUUCCUUUGCAACUGGUACGGAUAUUAUUUAUCUGAUAUGGAAUGUUACUUCGUCUCCUGUUUUCGACGCCCAGCAUUUCAAGCACUGGACUAUUUCAUAUUUGGGCAUCUUUUACGAGGUAACUUGCUUAUACUUGGUAUUCAGAUACUUUAGAAGAUUAUAUUCCUAUAUCCUUUUGGAGGGCGACAACUACGAUGAGACCUCUAAAGGAACAGAAGAUCACAAAAGUAAUGAAACUGAAACGGAAACUGAAACAAAGAAGGGAACAACUGAAAAGACCACUGAUAGAUAUUAACCAAUAUUUUGUGUUCGUUUCUCUUUAGAGUUACUAAAAUAAAUUCAAAAUGUGUUUUA